UAAUAUAACUCACUUAGGACGCCGGUUGGCCGAGGCCCUGUUGUUUUUCAUUACAAGGGAGGGGCUCCGGUGGACUGUGGCUACACUGGACGAUAAAUCACACGAACCCUUUAUUGUGUCGCAUGUUUGGUGACGUCCAAUUAUCGACUUGUUCUGAAGUCUCUGGGGCCGAGGCCUAGAGACUUUUCCUAGCUAACGUUAUUAACAUUUCCAGUCACUGCCAGUAUUUUGAUGCGGGUUCUGACUGGGUGUGGACUAAUGAAGCGCUUUUUUGUGUGAGGAAAGGCGUCAAUAGUUGGAAACGUCCGCCAGCUAGUAAAAGCAUUAAAACUCCUAGCGAGGAAGUGAGGAGCGAAAAAAAUGACAUCUCGAAGGUGGUUCCACCCGAACAUCACCGGCGUGGAGGCUGAGAAUCUGCUGUUGACUCGCGGAGUGGAUGGGAGCUUUUUGGCCAGACCGAGUAAAAGUAACCCAGGCGACUUUACUCUCUCAGUACGGAGAAAUGGCGCCGUGACCCACAUUAAGAUCCAGAACACUGGGGACUACUACGAUCUCUAUGGCGGGGAGAAGUUCGCAACGUUGGCGGAGCUGGUGCAGUAUUACAUGGAGCACCACGGGCAGCUCAAGGAGAAGAACGGAGACGUCAUCGAGCUCAAGUACCCACUCAACUGUGCCGACCCCACCUCAGAAAGAUGGUUCCACGGUCACCUGUCGGGCCGGGAGGCCGAGAAGCUGCUGACGGAGAAGGGUAAGAACGGCAGCUUCCUGGUGAGGGAGAGCCAGAGUCACCCGGGAGACUUUGUCCUGUCUGUGCGCACCGGGGAUGACAAGACGGACAGCGCUGACAACAAACCCAAAGUCACCCACGUCAUGAUCCGCUGUCAGCAAGACAUGUAUGACGUAGGCGGUGGGGAGAAGUUUGACUCGCUCACAGACCUUGUGGAGCACUACAAGAAGAACCCCAUGGUGGAGACACUGGGAACCGUGCUCCAGCUCAAACAGCCGCUCAACACGACCCGCAUCAACGCCGCAGAGAUCGAGAGCCGCGUGAGGGAGCUGAGCAAGCUGGCCGAGGCCACGGACAAGGUCAAACAGGGCUUCUGGGAGGAGUUCGAGACGCUGCAACAGCAAGAGUGCAAGUUACUGUACAGUCGCAAGGAGGGCCAGCGGGCAGAGAACAAGAAUAAGAACCGCUACAAAAACAUCCUUCCCUUCGACCACACGCGCGUGGUGCUCAACGACGGCGAUGACACUGAGGCGGGCUCCGACUACAUCAACGCUAAUCUCAUCAUGGUGGUGACUGACAUCAUGCCCGAGCUGGAGUCCAAGUCAAACAGCACCAAGCUGAAGAAGAGCUACAUCGCCACGCAGGGCUGCCUGCAGAACACCAUCAGCGACUUCUGGAGGAUGGUGUUCCAGGAGAACUCUAGGGUCAUCGUCAUGACGACCAAGGAGGUGGAGAGGGGAAAGAGUAAGUGUGUGAAAUACUGGCCGGACGUGUCGGCCCUGAAGGAGUACGGAGCCAUGCGGGUCCGAAACGUCAAGGAGACGGCCGCCCACGACUACACGCUCAGAGAACUCAAACUAUCCAAGGUUGGACAGGGGAACACGGAGCGGACCGUUUGGCAGUACCACUUCCGGGCCUGGCCCGACCACGGCGUGCCCACCGACCCCGGAGGUGUGCUGGACUUCCUGGAGGAGGUCAACCUGAAACAGGAGAGCAUCCUGGAGGCUGGCCCCAUAGCGGUGCACUGCAGUGCUGGGAUUGGACGAACAGGCACCUUCAUCGUGAUCGACAUCCUAAUAGAUGUGAUAAGAGAAAAAGGGGUGGACUGUGACAUCGACGUGCCCAAGACCAUCCAGAUGGUGCGCUCCCAGCGCUCUGGGAUGGUGCAGACCGAGGCCCAGUACCGCUUCAUCUACAUGGCCGUGCAGCACUACAUCGAGACCCUGCAGAGACGCAUCGAGGAGGAGCAGAAGAGCAAGAUCAAGGGGCGCGAGUACACCAACAUCAAGUACUCUAUGCUGGACCUGACCGGAGAGCAGAGCCCCCUGCCGCCCUGCACGCCAAUCCCAACGCCCAUCUGCACAGAAAUGAGGGAGGACAGCUCCAGGGUGUAUGAGAACGUGGGUCUGAUGCAGCAGCAGAAGAGCUUCAGAUGAGGGGCCGCAGGGAACCCGGCGAGCCACCAUUUCCAGGAACCUGACACCUGAACGAUUUUUGCCAGCCACACCUUGACGCCUGAGACUUGAAACCGUGUUGCGGACAUGGAACAAUAGAAAACAAUGGAAAACAACAUGACAUCGACGAGAGAGAGGGGGGAGGGGGAGAGAGGGCAAGAGGGAGGGAGGGAGGGAGGGAGAGAGAGAGAGGAGGGCGAGAGAGGUAGACCUAACACCAGAGCCUCUCUGACCCUCUACCCCCUGCUCUAGGUGUAUUCUAAACCACUGUGAUUGUCAGAGGAGCCUCCUUGGAAGGGGGGCGGCCGCGCUAAAAACCCAACUUAACCACGGUGUGGGGGUCGCCUUCUAAACCCACCCCCACCCCCACCCCCGCAACAAGGGCUGCAUCUAGCGAACGAUCGACCACCGCGGGAAUGUCCACCAAGCCCCCCCUCCCCACCCCGACCGCCCACACCCCCUGACUAACAUUUUGCCCUUUUUUUUUUUCUUUUUCUGUGUACUUACUCUUGUCUGUUUAUUAUGGUGUUUUUAUAAUUAACCAAAGGAAAUGUACGCCAAUUUAGAUUUUAGUUGAAAAGUUUGUCGAGAGGUAAAGACGUCGGCUCGUGCCAAAUCCACCGAUGAUUUCGUUCAACAUCUCCUCGCAGAUAUCUUUUCCGCCCGGUUGGCCUCCUCAGCGGUGACGCGGCAUGGCCGUCGAUAGUUUUUUCGCUGAGGAGGAAGAAGCAUAAUAGUCCCCCCGACCCCACUGGGGAAUGUAGUUUUACCUGUAUUUUAUAGACCAAUGUAAACGAUUGAAGCAUCACUGACCGGCCGCGUUGUGUGUUUCUAUAGUAACAGUUGUAUCAUAUGCUAACCUCACUCGCCCUCCUACACACGAGGAUGUAUGUCUCUCAAGAACUGCCUUGGAACGAAAGCUGAUCCAUUCAGUCUUUUGUCCAGUCUUAAGACUUUUACCCUUUUUUUUCCGGUUGCACCGCCCCCCCAGAGUGAGGUCGUCUUUGUCCCGAUGGAACCGUCCGUCUGUCACCAUUCCCUUCAGCUCCAGCCGAGUGUCCUUAACGCUAUGUUCUGUUGCUGCUUCUGCGCAGCAUCACCGCCACUACUUCAAGCCUUGUUACGCCAUCAUGGAUACAUGAAACAAUAAUGUUAGGGAUAGAAGGAAUGUAUAAUCUUCAUAAUAUUCAUGCAUCCCCCCCCGUACCCCCGUAUCCUCCCCCCUAACACUCCUGCACUUCUAGUCGUUCAUUUCUUGACACUUAAAAAUGGGUUUUCAGUCGAGGUGUGAUUCUCCGUCGGUGUGUUACUCACUAGAGCUUGCGGGCAACGCCAUGGGCACACCGCUGCCAAAAGACGAGUUGGGUUAUUGGUUUUCAUUUUUAAAUCGUAUUACAUUGUUUUCUUUCCGCUCUUCACUGAGUGAAGGAGGCCCGUUUCGCUGCCUGUUCGGAGCGUACCUCCACAUGUAUUUCACUUUCACGGUCGCUGUCUGACGUUGUCGCGGUGACAUUUACCAAGAGUUUUUUGUCGCCGUGGUGAUGGGACUUUAAAGGGCCCCACUCAAACAAACAACCCCACCCCCAUGUUUACACACACACACACACACACACACACACACACACACACACACACACACACACACACACACACACACACACACACACACACACACACACACACACACACACACACACACACACACACACACACACACACACACACACACUGCAUUAAACAUUCGAGAUGGCGGUUUUAUAUGCCAUUGGUGCCCCAUCGGUUACUAGUAGUAUUUUUAUUUUUACUUAUGUAAUGUCGUCACACUAAAAGCAUUAAACUGUUUUUUGAUAGAGAACCGAGUACUUUACCAGUGAGCUGCAGUAUUCCUGGGAACGAUGAAUCCAGGGCUGAUACUAUAUGUGCAUUAUUAUUAUUAUGGUUGUUGUUGUUCUAACUGAUGAGAAGACUCACCGACCCACUUCAUUCUCAGAUGUCGGCUGUACAUUGUAAUUUUUUUUUUUCUGCUCAUUUGCUCCAUUCGUGUUUUUGUGAUGUUAUUUGCGCCUUGGGGGUGGGGGGGGGAAGUCAGUCUUUCUGACGAUGUUUUGAGUCUGUGUGACAUCUCCCCUGGAAAGAAACGUCUCAAGGGAAUAUUCUGGAGCGGGGAGAGGAUGUACGGACUCCUGGCCGACCCGCCUUAAGGGGCCGUUCUCAACACUCACUCAUCCAGGGUUCAGAGGCCUUCCCACCCCCCCUCCCCAACCCUGGAGGUUUCCUCCUCCCACGGGGAGGCGGGUGUGGGUCCACCCUCUCCAAGGAGCCCUCCAGCACAACACCACCCUAACGCUCGUCUCAAAGGGACUCCUUGAAGCCUGAAUCCAUUUCUGUACGACACAACGUAUUCUCUUUAGUUCCUUCUCGUCUUAAAUCAUACGCAUUGAAUUGACUGAGUUAACUGAGCUUCUACGUGCUACUGUCCCGUCUGCAGGUUUUUCAGUUCUUCCUCUUCAUUUGUCGUAUCGUUAGGAUGUAUGAGUCUGUCUGUCCGUCCGUCUGUUUCGCGUGUCCUUCUGCUGUUUAGUGGCCUUGUCCUUGUGGUGUUUUUUUGUCUCGUCUUUAUGUCCGGAGGUGUUGCUCUGUACGGCCAUGGCCAUCUUUGUGAGACAUUCACACUCCUGAAUGACUUGGCUUUUCUUUUUUUAAUUCACAGAACAUUGACAAAACUCAUUCUUUAUAAUUAUUAUUAAUAUUAUAAGCAAUUACAAUGCAUAGAUGUGCCUUCUAUGCAUAUGCUUAUGUGUAUGUGAUAGCUAUUGAAAACAACACAGUGCUCUUUAGAUCAUUCAAGAACUCGUAACACAUUAAUGUGAAUUUUGUCAUCCUGAACAUCACCUGAACAAAAAGAAGAGGAGGAACCGUGAUUGCAAUGCAAACAAACUAUAUUUUUUAACAUGUAUAUUGUACAUGAGUACCUGGUAGAGGACAAUGUACUUACCAAGCAUAUCUACUUGCCAAUAAGAUAUAAUGUAUGUAUAUUCCUACAGGACAGGUUUCUCUCUGACAAAGAGAGGCGUCUCCCUUGCAAAACACUUAUGAGGUUUAUUGUAUUGUAUGACUUUCAAUGCAGUUAACCAUGUUAACUUCAAUAACAAUAAAUGGCUAGCUCAUGCCUCAUUCA